GCGUUCCGCGUCCCGGCUCCGGCGAGAUGACGCUGAAGAUGAGCGAGGGCGGGGGCGGCAUGCGCACGGCGCUCUCCGACCUCUACCUGGAGCACUUGCUGCAGAAACGCAGCCGGCCCGAGGCUGUGUCACCCCAGCUGACUGCUGUGACCGAAGACAUGUAUACUAAUGGCUCUGCUGCCCCGGGGAGUCCUGCCAAGGGGCAAGAGAUGGGCAAAGUACGACUCAUCCAGUUUGAGAAGGUCACAGAGGAACCCAUGGGCAUCACCUUGAAGCUGAAUGAAAACCAGUCUUGCACAGUGGCCAGAAUUCUUUAUGGAGGCCUGAUUCAUAGACAAGGUUCACUUCACGUGGGCGAUGAGAUCCUAGAAAUCAAUGGUACAAAUGUGACCAACCACUCAGUUGAUCAGCUCCAGAAGGCGAUGAAAGAAACCAAAGGAACUAUCAAAUUAAAAGUGAUUUCCAACCAGCAAAAUCGGCUUCCUGCGUUACAGAUGUUUAUGAGAGCGCAGUUCGACUAUGAUCCCAAAAAGGACAAUCUGAUCCCUUGCAAGGAGGCAGGGCUGAAGUUUGUAACUGGGGACAUCAUCCAGAUCAUCAACAAGGAUGACACCAACUGGUGGCAAGGGCGGGUCGAAGGCUCCUCCAAGGAGUCAGCAGGACUGAUCCCUUCCCCUGAGCUGCAGGAGUGGCGAGUGGCGAGUGUGGCUCAGUCUGCUCCAAGUGAGGCCCCGAGCUGCAGUCCCUUUGGGAAGAAGAAGAAGUACAAAGACAAGUAUCUGGCCAAACACAGCUCAAUUUUUGAUCAGUUGGAUGUUGUUUCCUAUGAAGAAGUCGUCCGACUGCCAGCAUUCAAGAGGAAGACCCUGGUGCUGAUAGGAGCCAGCGGGGUGGGGCGCAGCCACAUUAAGAAUGCCUUACUCAGCCAGAAUCCAGAGAAGUUCGUGUACCCUGCUCCAUAUACGACACGACCACCCAGAAAGACUGAGGAAGAUGGCAAGGGCUACCACUUCAUCUCGACCGAGGAGAUGACUAAGAGCAUCUCUAGCAACGAGUUCUUGGAGUUUGGCAGUCACCAGGGCAACAUGUUUGGCACCAAAUUUGAAACAGUGCAUCAAAUCCAUGAGCAGGACAAAAUCGCCAUCCUCGACAUUGAGCCCCAGACCCUGAAGAUUGUCCGGACUGCGCAACUUUCUCCUUUCAUUGUGUUCAUCGCCCCCACCGACCAGGGCAUUCAGACGGAAGCCUUGCAGCAGCUACAGCAGGACUCCGAGGCCAUCCGCAGCCAGUAUGCACAUUACUUUGACCUCUCACUGGUCAACAAUGGUGUGGAUGAAACACUCAAGAAAUUGCAAGAAGCCUUCGACCAGGCUUGCAGCGCUCCACAGUGGGUGCCUGUCUCCUGGGUGUACUGAGCUUGCAGGGUGAAGAAAACCACUGUGUGCCCUUGGCCUUCCACGGAACUCCAUUUUAAGAAAAACAGGGUCAUCCCACGUAGCUUGAUGUGCCAGCUUUCAUUUCGCUGUAGC